CGUCUCCGGCCCCGCCUGCGCUGGGGUCGCUGCAGUCCCCGCGGCUGCCCCGGGCUCCUUGCCCAGGCGCCCGGGCCUUAUUCCAGCCUGGGGAGCGCCUCGGGGGGGAGCACGGGACAGCGAGGGAGACCGAGGCGGGGGCCCUGGGCAACCGAUCUCUCCGAACCGGGGAGGCGGCCCCGAUUCCGAGAGCCGGAACGCAGGGAAAGGCAAGGACGGGGCGGCCGGCGGAGGGGCGGGCGCCGCUCAUCAGCCACUCUAGUCACGUCUGGGGCCACCGGCUGCUUUUUUCUUCCUUUCCCCCUUUGCUUUCUUCCCCCUCCGCUGUUGGCGAGGGCAAAGUGGCCGUGGCGGCGCCAUGCCCGGGCCGGAGUGAGUGCGCGCGGGCGAAAAUGGCGUACAUCCAGUUGGAACCAUUAAACGAGGGUUUUCUUUCUAGACUGUCUGAUCUGCUGCUGUGCAGAUGGACCUGCCGGCACUGCUGUCAGAAGUGCUACGAGUCCAGCUGUUGCCAGUCAAGUGAGGAUGAAGUUGAAAUUCUGGGACCUUUCCCUGCUCAGACCCCUCCCUGGCUGAUGGCCAGCCGGAGCAGUGACAAGGAUGGUGACUCUGUCCACACGGCCAGCGAAGUCCCGCUGACCCCACGGACCAAUUCCCCGGAUGGAAGACGCUCGUCCUCAGACACAUCCAAGUCCACGUACAGCCUGACGCGGAGGAUUUCAAGUCUUGAGUCAAGACGUCCCAGCUCUCCACUCAUCGAUAUUAAACCCAUCGAGUUUGGCGUUCUCAGCGCCAAGAAGGAGCCCAUCCAGCCUUCGGUGCUCAGACGGACCUAUACCCCCGACGACUAUUUCAGGAAGUUCGAACCCCACCUGUACUCCCUCGACUCCAGCAGUGACGACGUGGACUCUCUGACGGACGAGGAGAUCCUGUCCAAGUACCAGCUGGGCAUGCUGCACUUCAGCACUCAGUACGACCUGCUGCACAACCACCUCACCGUGCGCGUGAUCGAGGCCAGAGACCUGCCACCUCCCAUCUCCCACGACGGCUCGCGUCAGGACAUGGCACACUCCAACCCCUACGUCAAGAUCUGUCUCCUGCCGGAUCAGAAGAACUCAAAGCAGACCGGGGUCAAACGCAAGACCCAGAAACCCGUGUUUGAGGAGCGCUACACCUUCGAGAUCCCCUUCCUGGAGGCCCAGAGGAGGACCCUGCUCCUGACCGUGGUGGAUUUUGAUAAGUUCUCCCGCCACUGUGUCAUUGGGAAAGUUUCCGUGCCUUUGUGUGAAGUUGACCUGGUCAAGGGCGGGCACUGGUGGAAGGCGCUGAUUCCCAGUUCUCAGAAUGAAGUGGAGCUGGGGGAGCUGCUUCUGUCACUGAAUUAUCUCCCAAGUGCUGGCAGACUGAAUGUUGAUGUCAUUCGAGCCAAGCAACUUCUUCAGACAGAUGUGAGCCAAGGUUCAGACCCCUUUGUGAAAAUCCAACUGGUGCAUGGACUCAAGCUUGUGAAAACCAAGAAGACAUCCUUCUUAAGAGGCACAAUUGAUCCUUUCUACAAUGAAUCCUUCAGCUUUAAAGUUCCCCAAGAAGAACUGGAAAAUGCCAGCCUAGUGUUUACAGUUUUCGGCCACAACAUGAAGAGCAGCAAUGACUUCAUCGGGAGGAUCGUCAUUGGCCAGUACUCUUCAGGCCCCUCUGAGUCCAACCACUGGAGGCGCAUGCUCAACACGCACCGCACGGCCGUGGAGCAGUGGCACAGCCUGAGGUCUCGAGCUGAGUGUGACCGCGUGUCUCCUGCCUCCCUGGAGGUGACCUGAGGGCUGCAGGGAAGGCAGCUUUCAGUG